AUGGUCGCCGCCGGAAAUCUCACAUUUAAAACCUGGGCCAGAUCAUUACACCACUUAAGCUCCCGCGGUUCUGCUAUACCAUCUCGUUUUAUCUCUCCUCUCCUCGUCCGGCCUAUUAGCUUACUAGACUGGGUAUCCCUCGCCAGGUUCAGCGAAGCCUCGCACAAGCACCGUUGUACCAAGAGAAGUCUUUAUAUCAAUAGCUCCCACCUUACUGUUCGUACUACUAGCAGGACCGUCUGCAUAUUCACUGCUGACGUCAAUUGGUGCCGGGGCCGUUCGGUCCUUGAGUUAUCCAUCAGUCUGAUUAAUCCCUCUAUUACAAGGGGGCGCAGUGCUCGAUAUUCUUCUCAAUAUAUUUCGCUCAACACCGGGGGGAAACCAAGAUACAUGUCGUUCUACAUUCAUGUUACUACAGGCAGAAAUGUAGAGUUCGCUCUAAUUAAAACCGAGAGCAUCAAGGGCAUCUGA